AUGAAUACAGAGCACGAGGUGCUGUCCACCGACUCCUUCGGGGUUUGGUACGCAAAUGAGCUGCCGGUUGGCUCAUUAUCUAUCGUGGACGCCGAUGCAACCUACCACGAACCCCUUUCUACAGACGCAGCUUUUUCUACUCGCUCAAUUGGCCUCACUGGUACAUUAUCUCUCCACGAUUAUCGCAAGCAACUUGCACAGGCUGCAGAGUGCAUCGACGAUCCCGUAGAUCGUUCCGAAAAGACGCUCCGACGCAAAACAGGAACAAGCAAUUUAAACCGUCCUUCAGAUAUCGCUACCGUUCCCUACGCAGCAUCAACGGCGUCGUCGGUAGCUUCAACUCCACCACCGCUCUCGCCAUCGUGUUCGCAUAGUAUUCUCUCUGCGCGAAGCGAGCAAGAAGAGGUUUCAGAAUCUGGUCAGCCACAGGCCGGUGCGCAUCCUACCCAGGGGCCACGAGUUAGCCUUGUCUCGGAGCAUCUGACCCGUCCCAGACCCAACAGGAAACGAUUGAACACAUUUCGUGAGAAGCUUGAGGCGCGGGGACAGGCUCAAAACUCGCCUUUGUCUCGCCCCCAGAAAUCAGAUCCGAUGUUGGCCACCACAGCCGCCACCAUCUCGCAUGGCGGGGCCUCCUUUGAGAUCCUGAACCCGCGAAAGUCGCUCGACUUCGCCCGUAUCGUCUCCUUCAUUGAAGAUGUCGAUAGCUGUUCCAUCUUCUCGGACCAAAUCCGGGAUUCCAAAGUCUCCACGUUCUCUAUAGACCAGGGACUGGAUCCUCGGUCCUCCCUCUCCCAGUUCACAGAUGCCUCAUUGCCAUCUCAUUAUUCUUCGCAAUCUUUAUACACCCCUUUCUCAUCAAGCUAUUCUACACCCAAGAGGCAAACAGCCGACAUCCCAUCCAGCUCAUUCUCCGACUACUCCUCCAACCACACCUCUUGGGCCUCAGGGUACGAGUCAAAACAAUUACACAAUGACAUGGUCGGAGAAGAGUCCCCACGACCACGCAUGGCAUCGAUCUCAGAGCGUUUAGAAGAAAGAGAGGAUCUACCCUCCGACCCCGAGUCCCCACGACCACUCUCAUCUUCCCCAGCAACCUACUACUCGGGCGAAAGCGAAAUCGGCGAGCCGGGCUCCCCUGUCUACGCCAACGGCGAAUGGUCGCAGGUCGACGGCCGAGAUCGAGGCAUCUUCCUUGAACUCCCAUCUAUUCACGAUGAAAGUGAAACCGACUUCGAACAUGAACACGACACUACCCCUCCUUCUCCUUACGACACAUACAUUGCCAACACUAUGUCCCCCGCUUACUCAAAUCACGAUCACGACACCUACGACCCAAUCUACUACGACCCCCAUGUUCAAUCCGUGCUGGCCGCGGCCAACGCCGAGAAUAUGGGCCUCCGCGGGCAUCCUGCUCGUGCGCUGGACGACUUGCAGCGGAGGUUCCAGAGCUCUGUUUCCCUUGGAGAUGGGAAGAGCAAAGGCGAUAAGCAAUCCCAGCGAAAAAAGCUACGAAAGUUCUUCAGCUGGCGGUCUGGAAACUGA